ACUCCAAUGAACCCAAGUUGUGCAUGUAAACAUUAAACUAAAAUUUAAUUAUCAACGUUUUAAAAAUGCAAUGUGAUGAUUUAGAUGUAGAGAUUUCAAGGCCACUAAAUGAGCUGGAUAAUAGUUUAAAUGAUUUAGGAAUGUUAGCAACUAGAACGAAGUCUCGUGAGGAGUAUUUAAGCGAGAUACAAAACAAAAAGUACCUAAACAUGCUUACAAUAAACACAAGGUAUGUCAGCAAUGUUUCUAUAGGUUAUAAAGUUCGACCAACUGCUCCACAUGUUCGUUACAAACCCUACAAGCUGCAUAAGCAGAGGCACAGGACCAAAUCAGAGAAUAGUGAUGUUAAUACCAACGAAUGCACUAGUUUUGUUAAAAAUAUUAUUGAUGAUUGUGUCGAUAAAAGUGUAGAGGAAUUAAAUCAGCUUAAAAAGGCUAAAUCAUUAGAAAGUAUAGUUUCUGAAGGGGGGGAUCAAAACGUUGACUUAAAGAAUAUGAAAGUUGAAGUAGAGACUGUUUCUACUUGCAUACAAAAUCUUAAAGUUGACGAGUGAUUUUUUUUCAAUCUUUAUUUUUUUGUUUUGUUGAAUGUGAUAUUUUUAUUUAUUUUUCAAAUAUGCAUGAUUUAUUUCGAAUAAUUGACAAUUAUUAAUUGUUAGGGAGUGCCUAUUUUUAGAUUUUAUUGUAAUACUGGGCAUUUAAU